GCUCUUCGUGUUUACGCUUUUCUGAAUUUCCUGAAAUAUUUAAGAAAUACCGCUAAAGCAGCUAGCUUGUACGAGUGAACAGCAAAUUUUCUAUAUGUGGUAUCGCGAAAAGUGUUAAUCAUCAACGAUCUGGCUCAAAUAUGGGUACCGCAGAGUGGGACAGUUUACGGAAACAGGCGCGGCAUUUGGAGAACGAUAUCGAUUUGAAGCUAAUCGCGUUCAACAAGGUCGGAGUCGGUGCUGCUAGCGGAGGAACUUCGACUGCGGCCGGCUCCUCGGACACGUCGCCGCUCCUGGGAGAUCAUGUUUUCGAAACCCUAUCGAUAGAGAUAGAACAGAUGCUGGACAAAUUAUCAAAUAUUAACGAAAAAAUGGCAGAACUUCCAGCCAACGGCACGGCCGUUAUGCAUGUACUGCAAAGGCACCGCGAGAUAUUGCAUGGAUACCGACAGGAGUAUCUGAAGAUUCAGGCUAACCAUACGACACGCAUCGAACGGGAGGAACUAUUGCGAGGCUCUGGUUUGGGAAAUUCAACCAUAGGCUCUCCUUCUACUUCCGGGCUUAGCAGAAGAGACAUGUACCUGAAGGAGAACACACAUCUUCACAAUUCGAGCUCCUUGGUAAAUGACCAGAUUAGUAUAGCGAUGGAAACGAAGGAACAUUUGUCUUCGCAACGACAGCAUUUGAAGCGCUUCCAAACGCGAAUGCACGAUAUAUCCAAUAGAUUCCCUAUGAUAUCUAGUUUGAUUCAACGCAUCAAUAUUAGGAAGCGGAGAGAAUCGCUCAUACUUGGUGCAGUAAUAGCAGUUUGUACGAUUCUAUUAUUGUUAUACGCAUUUAAUUGACUAGGUGGAAGCAUAUCCGUUACAAACAAGGAAUUGGAAUAACAGGCAAACUAAAAAGAAGUUGCUUGUGAAGCAUAUGCGUUCCUUUUUUAUUUCUAACAGAAAGUGGAAUGAGCAAAGAUACGAUUCAAGAGAAACAAUAAUAUCUGUACAGACUAUUAGCCAAGGCAAAUAAAAUAUGUGAUAUAA